GCUGUGUUCCGUUUCUCUCACCGAUUAGUGAAUCACUGGAAUUCUUUAUCAGAAAACAUAACAUCGGCACUUUCUGUUGAUUAAUUAAAACAGAGGUUGAAUCUCCACAAUACUAAAAAUUGCAAGGAAUAAUAUACUUACUCUCGAAGACGAAUUCUCGGUUACGUCUGGCGCUAAUAUAUGAACUUGUGCGUUACUAAUGCUUAGAGCUAGUGGACUUUCUUUAGUCUGUCGUAGAAGUUAUGGGUUAUGGGGUUUCAUCUAUCAUAGAGAAAGCCCAGCUGUUAGACUAUUUUACAAGACAUUGAGUCUACUUGGGAUACCAGUUGGAAUUUUAACAGUUUAUAUCGCCUUGAAAAAUGAGCAUCAUCAUGAAGAAGAAAUGAAAGAAAAGGAGACAUUCAUUCCUGUUUUCCCCAGAGAGAUAAGGAAGCUACAUUGGGGUGAUGGUAAAACGUACUUUACGGAUCACGUUUCGAAAUUAAUAAACUAUACGCCGCGCACCACAUCUACGUUUCCUAAGCCAGCAGAUUAGCUUAUUUGGCUUUAAAUUUUUUAGUCUCAUCACUUGCUUGUUAUGCUGGUUUUAAUAGUCACAAGUUUGUUCUUGUGAACUCAUCUAACGAUUUAUGUAGAAAUACAUAUGUUGUUCGUAGUUAUUUGCUUUAAUCUCUGAUGAUUUGGAAUUACGGGUUGCCUGCAUUUAAUUUCGUGUCAUUUGUGUAAGACCAUUAGACGUAAUAACAGUAACCGAUAUUUCUCGUACGUUCUAAAAACGGAAUCCAAAAGCUCUAAAACGUUCCACCACUUUUUUAUUGGGAUGCUUUGUUUUCAGAUGUUCUGAAAGAGUCCUCUUACUAGUGUAUGAAAUAUUUUAACGUCCAACCCAAUUAUUUGUUGUCCCAACCAUCUGUGUUACUUCGCUAACAUAACUGCAUUGGAAAUUACUUUAUGUAAUUGUUUCGUUUCCUUCAAUAACUGAAUAAGUCCGUGAAUUCUUAAUAAAGUAUAAGUUAUAGUAUUUAGUUUCAGAAUACUAAGAACUCAAGUCACUAGUAGCGAGAUCUAUAUCUUCAUAAACUCGUCAAUAAAUGCUAACAUCUAUUGACUGGUUUUUACACAAUUCCAGCCACUAAAUAGAUUUAUUCUCUCUGUGGUAGAUCACAACCUU